AUUUUGGGUGUGGAAGGGCGCACCGUGGCACUACAAUGAUCAUCCAAACGACCCAAAGCGCAGAAUAGCCUCGCACUAGUUUCAUGUUAGCGACCUAUAUCAACUGCUGCCUGGUUCUGCUGCUUCUUCUUCUGCUUCGCGGACAGUAGCCAUGACCGCAGUGGCUCAACUUUCCUACAUAAUCGGGUGCCCUAAUUUUUAUCAACUGGGAUUUUCCCGCCAGAUUUCCAUUCGCAAUCUGAACACUGGGUUAACUCCCUCCAUCAAUUCAGCAUUUCGCAUAUCACGCACUACAAGCCCACCACUCUCCUCCUCCAUCACAUGUUUUGCCGCCAAUAAGCCCUCUUCCUCUACCGAAAUCAGUUCUACGGCCAAAAUACGGAGUGAAGUUCUUUCUCCCUUCCGAUCUGUUCGGAUGUUCUUUUAUCUUGCUUUCAUUGCAAGUGGGACUCUUGGUGGACUAAUAGCCAUGACACGGCUGAUUUCUGCACUGGUAAAUGCAUCAAGAGCAGCUGAAGUCCCUGAUAUUCUUAAUGGUCUUGGCAUAGACAUUGGAGCGGUCUCUAUCUUUGCUUUUCUUUAUUCUAGGGAGAAUAAUGCUAAGAAUGCACAAUUGGCUAGACUUGCAAGAGAAGAAAACCUCUCCAAUCUUAAGCUCCGUGUGGACGAAAAGAAGGUUAUUCCUGUUAGUGCUUUAAGAGGAAUUGCCCGUCUUGUCAUCCUUGCUGGCCCCGCACCAUUCCUUGUAGAGGCUUUCCAACUUAGUAAACCUUUCACAAAGGGCCUUUUGGAACGAGGGGUGCUUGUGGUGCCUUUUGCUACAGAUGGGAGUUCGCCUAGUUUUGAAUUUGAAGAGAGUGAGGAGAUGGAUUUAACUAGCAAGCGGAAGAGGCUUUGGCAACUGGUUCCUGUUUUUGCCCCUGAGUGGUCCAUGUGGCUAGAUGAACAAAAGAAACUUGCCAAUGUCUCCCCUGAAUCUCCCGUGUAUAUAUCUCUACGCAUGGAUGGUCGUGUUCGUGGAAGUGGUGUUGGUUACCCUUCUUGGAAUGCUUUUGUUGCACAAUUACCACCAGUGAAGGGAAUGUGGUCAGGAAUCCUUGAUGGCAUGGAUGGAAGAGUUCUAUAAAAAAAAAAUGUCCUUUUUGUUUUUUGCCUUCUGAAGGUCAGAUUCUCCAUCAACUCACAUCAAUCGAAAUAGCUUUCUCCAUUCUUUGUUAUAAGAUUUUGUUUCACUGUGUAUCAGAAUGUCAGUUGGUUCAUAAAACAUUUUAAAACAUUUUGACUUGUUGCAAAUUUAUCAAUUGUAUUUUAACAAUUAUCUCUAGUGCUUCUGAGAACAUUUGGUCACCGGUUUGCAAUAAAAAUGAAGUGUAAAAA